GGCUUUGUGGAAAGGUGUGUGUGGUUUGUGUAUGUCACGGAAAAGUGAGCGGUGAAAAGGGAGCUCCCCGGGUUAGAACAACAUCAGCAAAGUGCCGCGAAACUAUAGUGCGGACGAGAGCGCGCAGUCUUCUGCCAUGGCUACCAGUGGACGAUCGCCAGACUCUCCGCGACUAAUACUGGACAUUAGUGGCAACGGGAAGAUGGCAAACGGUAGCCCAAUGGGUAGCCCACGCACCACGCAUCGUACCCCACCGAAGAAGCUGGUCAAGGUGGAGCUGUUCGAUAGCAACCAGAACCAUCAGCAUCAUCCGAGCUACGAGCUGCUGCACCACGUACCACGAACCAUUCCCGAUCUCUAUCCGAUCCAGCAUCAGCAUCAGCAGCAGCACGAGGAGCACUCGCAGCACUCGCAGCACCCGCUACACCAUCACGAUCUACAGGACGAUCAUCAUCACCACCAGCAACAGCAGCAGCAACAGUUACACCAGAAUCCAGACUUUGCAGUGCUGAUGCAGCACUCUUCGUCGUCUCGCAUCGCAAGCACCGGCGACACCGCGCUAGAAUCUCCAGGAUCCGGGAUCUAUCUCUACCAAGGAGUGCCAGUGCUGGGGACAGCGGAACACCCAGAUCUGCAUCAUCCCAGGUUGCAGCUCCCAUCACUGCAAUGCUACACGAUGCAACAUCAGCAGCAGCAGGAUCAUCAUCACCAUCAUCACCUUCAGCAGCAGCAACAGCAACAUCAUCAGGAGCACUGUUCGGCUCUGGCACAACUGGAAGCUUUGCCAGCACUGGUCACCUCGUACGUGUGCGACGAUCCGGUCAGCAGUGCGCAGAAGCAGAAGCGAAACCGCAUCGUGGAUGCUGACUAUGAUUAUGAGUUCGAUCAGGCAUCGCUCAGCCCGGAGUGCUAUCAACCGGAGAAGCGCACUCGCUACAACAGUGGCGAUGGUUAUCCACCGGUCGCACCGCCAUCCGCUGGAGGAUACGUUUGGUGUUCACCGGCGAAUCACGGGGCCACGGAGUCGUAUGGCGUCGCACAGCAGCCGCACGGUGGACAGUAUGGAGCGGCGAUCAGCGCUUCCGGUGAGCCGCUUCACGAUGAUGAUGCAUCCUCGAAUGGUUCGCGUGAGCGUGAGAAGCAGCGACGCUGUAGCACCGGGCCACAGCAGCAGUACAGUGCAGGGCCGGAUCCUGGGUCCGGAUCGUACGAUGGUCCACCGUAUUACACUCUGCAUCAUGCCGGAAUGACGCCUCAAUCGGGAGGACAAAGUGUUGCCGAUGCCAGAGUUUGUGCUGCUGCUGCGACAUCCUCCACCGAAAGUCCACUUCUCGAUGGUGACUCUGAGAGUUGCUCCCUGUCUGUCACGUCCGCUGGUUCACCGAUCAAGCUCGAUGAUUCCGGUUCCGGCCAUUCCGCGUCACUGUCUGGCACCGUGACGCAGCAGCAGCACCAAUCUACCGGUAAUCUGCCGGCGGGAACUGGGCGCACUAAAGGGAAACGUGGACCACGUGCACCGCGCAUCCGCAAACGUGUGGAUCGUGAGUCCGUCAGUUACGCCGAGGUGCAGAGUCAGCGCGUGAUGGCGAAUGUACGGGAACGGCAGCGGACGCAGAGCUUGAACGAGGCAUUCGCGGCGCUGCGGAAAAUCAUUCCCACCUUACCGAGCGACAAGCUGAGCAAGAUACAGACACUCCGGUUGGCAUCGAGAUACAUCGACUUCCUGUACCGGGUACUGUCGAACAACGAGCUACCAACGAUGCUGGACGAACACAAGAACAUGGCGACGGUCGGUGGAGCAUUGCAGUUCUCCGGUAGCGGCAUCCUGGCGCACGAGAAGCUCAGCUACCUGUUCAGCGUGUGGCGCAUGGAAGGGGACUGGAGCAACGGGUCAUCCGGAUCGUCACCGGUAUGCGGUGGUUCCGGUGAACCGGCCGACGGUGGUGGGAAGGACUGACUAGACGGCCGAUUUCGGUUUCGAUGAGGAUGAAAGCGGCAGGAAACCGGAAUCAGAGUGUCACAUGUGAGUGUGCGUGUAUGUGUGUAUGUAUGUGUAUGUGUGCGUUGAAGGCGAAGCGUCAAACGCGUCCGCGUGCUGUCUACAGCGCGCUGUGCCUGCUGUCCUCGGGCUACCAACAAGUGUGCAGGCCGCCCUAUAUUUAACUAUUCAAGUAUUAAAUUAGCUUAAGAGAAAGAGCAAGAGAGAAAGCACGAGAGAGAGAGAGAGAGAGAAAUUACUGGCAUCGUAUUGCAUCAUAAGGCAGCUAGGCUUUCCAAAGAAAAGAUAACCAGAGAUACGGAAGAAAGAUCGCGUUCGAUCGCGUUCCCUUCUCACCAGGAGCUGCUCAAUUCGGUGCAACAAUCGCCAAUCAUAGUGACGCAUCAUAAUUCCAUAGAUUUAAGUGAUCGUUUCGACCCUUUUUUGAUAGAAGCUCGCUCGUAAGAAGCGAAGCGCCCCCCAACUCACUCAGGCAUUCCCGUGUUCUGCCUUGCAUUUGAGCUGGCCCCAUUCUUCCGUUUCCCCUUCGGUUUCUCCAACGAUGCUUCGAGGGGCUCACUGUGCAAAGGAUCUCUUUCGGAACUGAGAAAGAGUGUCCAUUUGCUUGACAGUCUCUGAGCAGAAUCGUGGUGCCACGGUUGUACAGCGAACGUAGAUUGUAAGAUCCAAAUUUAAUUUCACUCUAGCAUAAGAUUGCCCUAGGAUUACAUGUUAUCCGUUUACUGUGGGAGUUACUCCGCUAACCGUGACAAAAAACCCAUCCACAGAUAUCGCCGGCCAUCCGGAACUUCCGAUCCAACGCAAAAUUCCAGUUCCAGUUAGGGCUUUAGGUUUAAGAACCGGUACACGGAUAAACACACAAAAAGGGAUA